AUGAAGGUUUCUGCUCGUUUGCUCGGUGCCCUUUUGGCAUUGGGCUCGGUGUCGACUGCAUGCCAGAGCUGUCGCUGCUUUCCGGGUGAUGACUGCUGGCCGGCACAGGAUGUCUGGUCUAGCUUUAAUGAGACCGUUGACGGACGGUUGAUUGCAACGGUCCCGCUGGCCUCGCCGUGCCACGCUCCGAAUUACGAUGCGGAGGUGUGCAAGGAACUGAAGAAUGGAUGGAUGGAGCCGGAGGUGCACUACAAUUCCUCCUCGUCGGUUAUGGCCCCCUUCUUCACCAAUGGCACCUGUGAUCCCUUCCACCCCGUCUCCAAGCCAUGCACGCUCGGCAACUUCAUCAACUACGCCGUCAACGUCAGCAAGCCCGAACACGUGUCGAAGACGCUCUCCUUCGUCAAGAAGCACAACAUCCGCCUCGUCGUCCGCAACACCGGCCACGACUACAAUGGUAAAUCGACAGGCGCGGGCUCGGUCGGGCUCUGGAUGCACCACCUCAAGGAUAUCGAAAUCAACGACUUCUCCAGCAAAUACUACAACGGUAAAGCGAUGAAGAUGGGCGCGGGCGUCCAGGGUAUCGAGGCGUACACGGCCGCGCACAACCAGGGUCUGGAGGUUGUCGGCGGAGAAUGUCCCACUGUUGGGAUUGCGGGUGGAUACAGUCAGGGAGGGGGACAUUCGGCGCUUGCUUCCCGAUAUGGGCUUGCCGCCGACCAGGUGCUGGAAUGGGAGGUUAUUGAUGGUCGGGGGAAUUUUGUCACUGCGCGCCGCGAUAACGAGUAUAAGGAUCUGUACUUUGCGCUGAGCGGCGGCGGCGGCGGUACUUACGGUGUUGUGUGGUCGAUGACUUCCAAGGCGCAUACCGGCCAUGCGACCUCCGGAUUGAACCUGACCUUCACCAACGCCAACAUCUCGCAGGAUACGUACUACGAGGCCGUCAAGCUGUACCAGGAGAAACUGCCGGCGAUCGUGGACGCGGGCGCGAUGAGCGUGUGGUACUUUACCAACACCAGCUUCAGCAUCUCGCCGCUGACAGGCCCGAACAUCCCCGUCGCCGAGCUAAAUGCGCUCGUCAAGCCGUUCACGGACGGCCUGAAGAAACUCGGCAUCAAGUACCAGAUCCACUCGCAGCAGUUCGGCAGCUACCUGGAGGAGUUCGAAGGAAUGCAGGCACCCAUCCAAGUCGGUAUUGCGCAGUACGGCGGGUGGCUGGUGCCGAGGUCAGUGGUGCAGGAGCAAAACGAUGCGCUGACAGAUGCUUACCGGUACAUUACCGAGGACGGGGCCACGUUUAUCGGAGUGGGCCUGAAUGUCUCGCGGGCGCUGGUGGGCGAGGACAUCGACGAGAUAAACGCUGUACAGCCAGCCUGGCGCGAAACCUUGAUCGAUACUACGAUUACCACGCAGUGGAACUGGACGGCGUCGCGCGCGGCCAUGGUCGCCGAGCAGCGUAAAAUGACCAAGCAGUAUAUCCUGCGGUUGGCGGCGCUUUCGCCGAACAGCGGCGCGUACCUGAAUGAGGGCGAUUUUGAGCAGCCGAAUUUCCAGUCCGUAUUCUACGGGAACAAGUACGAUAAGCUGCGCGCGAUUAAGGCGCAGUAUGAUCCGGACGAGGUGUUUUAUGGAAAAACAGCGGUGGGGUCGGACGAGUGGCGUCAGCUCGAUGAUGGACGAUUGUGUCGCGCUUGA